AUGGCAGACAAAAGUAAGGUUGCUGAACAAUACUACUCCAAGCCGCCGGAUCUAGGAAAAUGGGAGUCCUUCAGGAUGUUUUUGUGGAACUCCGAGACCGGACAAGUCCUUGGCCGCACGGGAUCGAGUUGGGCUAAAAUCCUCUUGUUUUACCUCAUCUUCUAUGCGGUGCUCGUGGGAUUCUUCGCCGCCAUGUUGGCGAUUUUCUAUCAAACCCUGGACUCCAAGAUGCCCAAGUGGCAGAUGGAUAGCUCAUUGAUCGGCAGCAACCCAGGUCUGGGCUUCAGACCAAUGCCCGAGUCAGCCACCGUGGAGAGUACGCUCAUCUACUACAGGGCCAACGAUAAGGGCUCCGUACUCAAAUGGGCCAGCGUUAUCGACGAAUACCUUGAACAAUACCGCAAGAAGGGUAGCGGCGGUGGGGAGGCCGCUGGCGCCGAGAACCGCGUCCCUUGUUCGUACAGCACCGGCACUCUCGCAGAGAAGCAAGUGUGCGACGUGCCCGUCGAGAACUUCCACCCCUGCACCUCCGCCAACCAGUACAACUACGAACAAGGCGGACCAUGCGUGUUCCUCAAACUGAACAAGAUCUUUAACUGGACUCCACAACCCUACAACACCACUGAGGAUCUGCCAGCGAUCAUGCCUGAGGACCUUAAACAUCACAUCAAAACUAUUGAGGGAAAACCAGAUGCCAACAUGGUGUGGGUCUCCUGUCAGGGAGAGAACCCCGCCGACGUGGAGAACAUGGGUCCCGUGCAGUACAUUCCUGGCCGCGGUUUCCCAUCCUACUAUUACCCCUUCACCAAUAAGGAGGGGUACCUGAGUCCACUUGUGGCUGUGCUCUUCGAGAAGCCCAGGACCGGUGUUUUGAUCAACAUCGAGUGCAAGGCAUGGGCCAAGAACAUCCAGUACGACCGAUACGAGCGGCGCGGCUCGGUCCACUUCGAGCUGAUGGUGGACCGUUCCUAA